AUGAACCCCGCCGAUCACGAUGAGGUUGUCUCGCAGUUCUGCGCUAUGACUAGGGCGCGUCCCGACGACGCGCAAGAAUAUCUAGCAACCAACGGCUGGGAUCUUGAGGCCGCAGUUACCGAGUUCUUUGCGGAGCAGGACGAGAGCGCGGGGUUAGCUGGACAACAAGGCCAGCCUGCAGCCGAAUCCUCAUCCUCCACACCUCGAGAAUCCUCCACCUCCCGCAGACAACCCCCGAAGAAAUUCGCAACGUUGGGUGACCUUACAUCUGGCACGAACGACAGCGAGGAUGACGACGACGAUGAGAACCAAGACUUCUUUGCGGGGGGUGAAAAGUCCGGGCUAGCUGUACAAAACCCCGACGACCUCAAGAAGAAAAUCAUCGAGAAGGCUAAAAAGACUCAACUGCCUGAAUCCGAUGACAACGAACCGAGACGAAGCAACUUCACGGGUUCCGCCCGCACAUUAGGUGGUGAUGAAAUGCCAAGCAGAGUGGUCGAGGCUCCGAGUGCGCCCGCUGAGCCACAAAUCCCUCGUCGCGUCCGGAGGACACUACACUUCUGGGCGGAUGGCUUUUCAGUAGACGAUGGUGACCUGUAUCGAUCUGAUGAUCCUCAAAACGCCGAGAUUCUCAAUAGCAUACGACAAGGCCGUGCCCCGCUCUCAAUUAUGAACGCACAACAUGGUCAGGAUGUGGAUGUUGAAAUAAAACAACAUGACGAGAAGUACGUUAGGCCGAAGCCGAAGUACAAGCCAUUUGCAGGCCAGGGACAGCGACUAGGAAGCCCAACCCCCGGUGUUAGGACUCCUACUCCGUCUGAACCGACGCCUGGUGCUCAAACGAGCUCUGAACCCCCCAAGCCCAAAGUGGACGAGUCCCAGCCCGCAGUCACCCUACAAAUCCGUCUCGGAGAUGGAACCCGCCUUACCUCCCGAUUCAACACCACCCACACAAUCGGCGAUGUUUAUGACUUUGUGUCUGCUGCCAGCCCCCAGAACCAGACCCGCCCAUGGGUCCUAUUGACAACAUUCCCUAGCAAGGAACUAACUGACAAGGCUGCUGUGCUAGGCGAACUGGCCGAGUUCAAGCGCGGAGGAGUGGUGGUACAAAAAUGGCAAUAG